AAGAACAGUGUUAAGCUCCAUAACCAUGUUGAAGUUGCUUUUAUGCUCAGCCUGCCUUCUUCACCUAUCCAGCCAGAACUGAAAACGAAUGGGGAUUGAAUUGCUUUGCCUGUUCUUUCUAUUUCUGCAAAGAACUAACAAUGUACAAGGAAGUUGUACUCUGGAGAGUGUGGUGACUUGUGAAGAUUGUUUGCUUUGUGGACCCCACUUUGCUUGGUGUUCUCAAGAGAAUUAUACUGACUCCUCUGGGAUUGCUGGAAGGUGUGAUAGUCCAGAAAAUCUUCUGUCAAAAGGAUGUCAGUUGAAUUUCAUUGAAUUUCCCAUUUCUAAAGUAGAAAUUCAUAGAAACAAGCCUCUUAGUGUAGGAAUCCAGAAAAAUAACUCUGACAUCACACAGAUUUCUCCUCAAAAGUUAACCCUUAGAUUGCGACCAGGACAUGAAGAAACAAUGCAGAUCAAAGUUCGCCAAACUGAAGAUUAUCCAGUUGAUCUCUAUUACCUCAUGGACCUUUCAGCUUCCAUGGACGAUGAUUUGAACACUAUAAAGGAAUUAGGUUCAACCCUUUCCAAAGAAAUGUCAAAACUGACAAGUAACUUCAGACUGGGCUUUGGGUCUUUUGUUGAAAAACCAGUUUCACCAUUCAUCAAAGCCACUACUGAAGAAAUAAAAAAUCCUUGCAGGAGUGUUCCACGUGAUUGUUUACCCACCUUCGGAUACAAACAUGUUUUGCCAUUAACAAGUAAUACUCAAAGAUUCAAUGAAAUUGUGAAAGAACAGAAAAUCUCUGCUAAUAUAGAUGCUCCAGAGGGAGGUUUUGAUGCAGUUAUGCAGGCAGCUGUUUGCAAGGAGCAAAUUGGGUGGAGGAAUGACUCUCUACAUCUACUAGUUUUUGUGAGUGAUGCUGAUUCCCAUUUUGGAAUGGACAGUAAACUGGCUGGAAUUGUUAUUCCAAAUGAUGGAAAUUGUCACUUGGACCACAACAACGAAUACUCCAUGUCAACAGUUUUGGAGUAUCCAACAAUUGGACAGCUUAUAGACAAGCUUGUCCAAAACAAUGUCUUAUUAGUUUUUGCUGUAACCAAGGACCAAGUUCCCUUAUAUGAGAACUAUGCAAACCUUAUUCCUGGAGCUACUGUUGGACAACUUAAGGAAGAUUCUGGCAAUAUUCUCCAGUUGAUCAUUGGUGCAUAUAAGGAGCUACGAUCUGAAGUGGAGCUGGAGGCAUUUGGUGACACAGAAGGACUCAAUCUCUCUUUUACAGCUCUCUGUAACAAUGGUACAACUUUUUCAAACCAGAGGAAAUGUUCUCAUAUAAAAGUAGGAGAUACAGUCUCCUUCAAUAUGACUGUGAGUCUACCUACCUGCGAAAAAAAUAGGAGACAUAUUGUAAUAAAGCCGGUGGGUCUGAGUGAUGCCUUGGAAAUUGAUAUUCAGCCAGAAUGCAGCUGUAACUGUCAGAAGGAGGCUGAGAUGAACAGUUCCAAAUGCAGUGAAGGGAAGGGUUCUUAUGAGUGUGGGAUGUGCAUCUGCAACCCUGGCUACAUAGGUCCUCGCUGUGAAUGUGAUGAAAACUCCCUGAGCACAAGCUUGUGCAAAGGCUCUCCAGAGCAAGCCUCCUGUAGCGGGAGAGGUGACUGCUUCUGCGGGCAGUGUAUGUGUCACCUCUCAAUGUAUGGAAAUAUUUAUGGGCCAUACUGUGAAUGUGAUGAUUUCUCUUGUGUGAGAUUUAGAGGACUGCAAUGUGGAGGCAAUGGUGACUGUGACUGUGGUGAAUGUAGAUGCCACAGUGGAUGGACUGGUGAAUACUGUAACUGCACAACUAACACUGACUCCUGUGUUUCUGAGGAUGGUAUUCUGUGCAGUGGAAGAGGUGAAUGUAGUUGUGGAACAUGUGUUUGCACACAUCCUGGGGCCUCUGGUAACACAUGUGACAAGUGUCCUAUGUGUGGUGACCUUUGCAGUUCCAAACGGAUCUGCGUUGAAUGUUAUUUGGCUUCUGAUGAACAGUUACAAGGAGAAUGUAGUGAAAAAUGUAAAUUGGUUGAUGCAACUGUCAGUACUGCAGAAGAGUUCUCAAAGGAUAAAUCCAUUCCCUGUGCUAUACAAGGUGAAAAUGAAUGUGUUACUACAUUUCUAAUGACCAUGGAUGAACAGGGAAAGACAAUCAUUCAUAGCAUAAAGCAGAAAGAUUGCCCACAACCUCCAAAUAUUCCCAUGAUAAUGUUGGGUGUUUCCCUAGCUAUCCUUCUAAUUGGCAUUGUUCUACUUUGUAUAUGGAAACUGCUAGUGUCAUUUCAAGACCGAAAAGAGGUUGCCAAGUUUGAAGAAGAAAGAUCAAAGGCCAAAUGGCAAACGGGAACAAAUCCACUGUACAGAGGCUCAACAACAACAUUUAAAAAUGUAACCUACAAGCAGCAAGAAAAGCAAAAAGUGGAUGUUGCUGCAGAUUUCUCCUCACACUUCAGACACUGAAAGAUUAGUUUUACUGACAGUAAAUACGCAAGCACUAUUUCAUUUUUAUUUCAUUGUUCCUGAUUGUAUGGACAUUUCUUAGCAAUGCAUUCAUAGUUACAUAGUAAUUCAGCUGAGGAAAGUGUAUUCUGCCAUCAUUGGGGAUACUUUUGUAAUUGCUAUAGUGAUAAAAAUUAAAAAGACAAAUAUAAAGACAUAUUUUUAACAUUAGGGUCAAAAAUAAAUCUUUAAUAAAUGCACUAAGGUCUGUAAUUUGCUCCACAAGAAACAGGAUAAAAACAAUCACUCUUAGUAAGCUGAUUUUUCUGUGAGUCUAACUUCUUUUUAUGAUGAAUUUUAUUCCAUUAUGUCCACUGUAUCAAUACUACAUAUAUAUGGUACAUACAGUCUGUCCACUCUGUUGGCUUCCAUACAAUGAAAGACUGGAAUUUAUAAAUGAUAGGAUUAUAAUGCCCAUUUUAGCUAUGGGUCUGGAGUUCUUGAUACCAGACUGUGGGACUGAAUUUUUUUCACCAGAAACAACUGGAUUGAUAGGCUAGUUUACAUAAAUCCAAAUUUAAAAAAAGUUUCCUCAUCCUCUUUGACUUUUCCUCUUUCUUUGCCUCUUCCUCUUCCCUCACAUUAGGUACUUCUACCAUUUAUAACCUACUUAGGCACUCAAAAUAAGCCUAUAUAGUGUAUAAGCCUACCUGUAAACCCUCAGCACACAAGAGAAUCCCAACACAGAUGCGGCACAGAUGUGGUGUCAUGCCCACAGGUAUAAGUACUGUGAUAGUCCUACCUCAGAAGAUAAGAUAUUUCAGCCCCAUAGUGGCCUAGUAUUUUAGCUUACUAUUUGAGUUGUUCCAGUGCAAGAUCAUGGAUUUAGCUCAUUUUGGCAGUUUUAGGAUAAGUGCCUAAUAAUUAUUAAUCCCACUUGAUAUUCACUUCAGUGACAUUAAUGAGGAUUUUAAAAACUCAGCUUAAACUACAGUUAUUAACUACUUGCCAUAAAUCCUUAGUCAGAAAUGCUGAUGGUAUACACAGUGCUAAAAAAAGGCUGAUCUGAUGGCUUAUAAAAUGAGUCAAGAUUUUUUGUUUAACUAAAAUUGCUGUAUUUACCUUGAUAUUGAUUUCCACUGAAAAUGAUUACCUUCUGGAAUCCACAGCACUUUCAGAAUGCUGAUUAAUUUUACAACAGAUAUGUAUUCGAUCUGAAAACAUAUAUUCAAAAAAGCCUUCUAAUAUACUGAACAGCUGUGCAGGUUCCCUAAGGUAUAUCAAGCUUUUGGUUGCAGACUGAUCAUUUUCAAAUAAGUAUUUAUUCCUAAAGAUGGAGCAAAUUCAGUCUUCUUCACCUGUUGCUGCACUAGGAUGGAGUAAGAGUACUAUCUCAGAUAGCUGUGACCCAAACCUCUUUUAGGAGCUGAGCCGAAGUUCAUGGAAGUCAGUUAGUAUGGAUGAGGCUCUGAGUAAAAUAUUUAUUUAUAAACUUAUACAUAUGUAAUAUAAAAAAGGAGUGCUGUUGAGGUUGUUUCAAUUUGAAUUUCAUAACUCUUUGUCAGCAGCUUUGAUCAAGUUGAUCUGAUCAAAUUGUUCUACUUUAGUACCUAGACUUUAGACAAAAUAGUGUUUUAGAAGAGUGUGACUUUGAAGAUUGCAGCACGUAUACUUUACUCCAGUUGUUAAAAUCCCCAUUCCUUCCCCCUCAAAUAAUUACAAGGAAACUAUUGGUAAUGACUUACAGACCUCUUUCUGUGUGAUUAAACAGGCUGGUUAACAUUGUGCAACACUGGACUAGGCUCUGCAAUAGAUAAUUGUGUAAGAAUUAUCACAUAGUUAAAAUAAAAUGCCUGUGGAAUGAAGAUGAGAUAAUAUAACUAUUUAAAAAAUCUAAAAUGACUGCAGAGUAAACAUGUAAAUUCAGUUACUGAAACUAGAAAGUUAAUUAACUAUGUGUACUCUUCCAUACUUUUACGCACAUUGUAGUAGUAUGGGUCUACAGACCUUCCAGUCAUUUAACUGCUCUCAUGGUCAGGGGAAUUCACACAGAAUACCAAAUCCUACUUUCUUAACCAUGUAAAUACUUCCAAUAGGCACAUCUACACAUUUGCUCUAAUGUUCAUUAACCUAUUUUAACAUGCAUUAAAAUGUCUCUAAAAACC